UCCCAUUCGCUUUCUUCUCCUUUGUUUGUUAAUGAUUCAGGUUUUUUUUCCCUCGUAGCUCCAAACUGCAAUUAGCUGCCCUCGCCCCACCUUCGGGGUCCUCCUUCUUCACUUUCCUUGGAGGACCCUGAUCCCACUCCUCCACCUCAUCCUCGUCUCGUCUCAUUUCAUUUCUUGUCAAACAGUUUUGUACAUUAAAAAACUGGAAGGAAAGCCUUCUUGCAUUGUGUAUGUUUGCUUUAUUUUGAAAAGCAUUAACUUGCUAGAGUGGACGAGAUGAGUUGCUUUCCGUGUUUUGGCUCACAGAGAAAUAAGAGAUCAAGUAUCAGGAGAGUAGAUCAUGCCUCUGCACCGUCUGUUGAACAGGAAAUGAAAAAACAAAGACCUGCUGAGAGACAUGUGACAAACUCAACACACUCAACACACCGGACACACUCACGUGUGGAAGUUGACGAAUCACAAAUCAAUGCAAAGUCUUUCACUUUCCGUGAGCUAGCUACAGCAACAAAGAACUUCCGUCAGGAGUGCCUUCUGGGCGAAGGUGGAUUUGGAAGAGUCUAUAAGGGAACUCUUCAGUCGAGUGGGCAGGUGGUGGCUGUGAAGCAACUUGACAGAAAUGGAAUGCAUGGACACAAGGAAUUUCUAGGAGAAGUUUUGGUACUAAGCCUCCUACACCAUCCAAACAUAGUUAAUCUAAUUGGAUAUUGUGCCGACGGAGAUCAAAGGCUUUUGGUUCAUGAAUUCAUACCAGGGGGUACUCUAGAAGACCGAGUUCUUGCUAAUCAAACAGGUAAAAUGACAUUGGAUUGGUACACGCGGAUUAAAAUAGCUUAUGGUGCUGCUCUGGGAUUGGAGUACUUGCACGAGAAGGCCAAUCCACCCAUUAUAUAUCGGGACUUCAAAUCUUCAAAUAUCUUGUUAGAUGAAGAAUUCAAUCCAAAGCUCUCGGAUGUUGGACUUGCCAAGCUUGGCCAAGCCGGAGAUAAGAUGCAUGGACCAUCAAGGCUGAUGGGUGCCUAUGGUUUCUGUGCUCCAGAGUACUCGAGAACUGGUGAAGUCUCAAUGAAGUCGGAUGUGUAUAGUUUCGGAGUUAUUCUACUGGAGCUAAUUACUGGAAGAAGAGCCAUUGACACUACAAGAGCAAAUGAUGAGCAAAAUCUAGUUGCUUGGGCACAACCCUUAUUCAAGGACCCAAAAAAGUUUCCUGAAAUGGCAGAUAGUCGUCUUAACAAGCAAUUCCCGGAGAAAGAUCUAAAUCAGGCUGUUGCAAUAGCAGCCAUGUGUCUGCAAGAUGAGGCAUCAGUCCGGCCCUUCAUGAGUGACGUUGUAACGACUUUAAGUUUUCUUCACACUAGUCCUGCUCCUGCUCCUGCUCCUGCUCCUGCUCCUGUUCCUGUUCCAGCUGAUACAAUCCCUAGUACUGAAAACCAGGAUGGUAACUCUGAAUGUGGUUCUGAUAUUUCAGACGAUGAUGAGAGCAAUGGGGAGGCUUCAGAUAAUGAGAUUAUCAGAAGUUCAGACAUUAACCACAGCCAUGACAACUCAGAUAAGGAUGGUAAUGGCCAAGACUUACGUCAACUAAGUGGUGUAGAAUCCAAAGAAUGGCAUUCAUUUGAACGAGAUGUAGGCAUUUCUUCAGGUGACGAGAGAAGUAAAAGCAAGAGCAACAAGGGUGAUCAAGAUACUAGUUUAAGCCAAGAUAAAUUUGAAAGUGUUACUUCUAGAAGCAACAGUGAAGAAUCGAACGGAGAAGGUGUUUCUCAUAGCAACAAUAGAGUACCACAAAAAGAAGAGAGUACUGUUAAAGUUGGCGGAAUUAAGAGCGCAGAAUCAUCCGAAGUGGAUCUCUCAGUCACUCCAGUCGUAGGGAACCUGAAUCAAUGAAUGUUCCACCUAUAAAGAGUGAUCACUAGACUGUCCUUCCUUGCACAUACAUGCAUUCAAUAUCGGAUUUUUAAUUUUGUAUGAUGAGCCAUGUAAGACUUUUGUCCCUCAGAGACAGCAAAGAAGAAGCCUUCACGUCUGAAGUGCCGGAUCAAGACUUGGGGCAAGAAUUUUAUGAUGAGGUUCUCCUCUGUCUUUUUUUUUUUCCUUCAACAUUUUUUAUACUGAACUUUGAGGUCUUCUUGUGUGAUAUUAUCUUCCUUCUUCAAUGACAAUGUAACAUUAAAACUUAGAGAAACAAAGAAAACUUACUGAA